AUACGUCCGUCAUUCCUAUGGACCAAUGAAAUCAACGCACUGAACCCUUCUACAACUUCCGGUGCCACCGACCUUCCCUUUCCGGAUUUAGCAGCGUGACCGACGUUUCGUGUCUGUUGAGACUUAAAAAUGCGUUACGUGGCCGCUUACCUCCUGGCUGUGCUCGGUGGGAACACCAGCCCCUCUUCAAAGGACAUCAAGGCCAUCUUGGGCAGUGUAGGAAUUGAGGCCGAUGAUGAACGCUUAAACAAGGUCAUCAGUGAACUGAAUGGGAAGGACAUCAAUGAAGUAAUGAACUCAGGCCUCUCCAAGUUAGCCUCUGUACCAGCAGGUGGUGCUGUAGCGGCUCCUGCUGCUGCUGGUGGCGGGGCCGCUGGAGCUGGGGCUGCACCUGCUGCUGCGGAAGAGAAAAAGGAAGAGAAGAAAGAGGAAUCAGAGGAGUCUGAUGAAGACAUGGGCUUUGGACUCUUUGAUUAAUUUGCCUUCUCAGUGUUUAAAAAGCAAUAAAAAUGUAAAAGGUUUACACAAA